UUUUUUUUCUUUUUUUUUUUUUUCUCUUUCUAUCUCUUAAUGCUAAAAAAUUCGUUACUAAUAUCAUAUUUAGUAAUAUGGUCUAUUACAAUAAACUAUUUCAGUCAAGCUGAACCAAUAACACCCGUUCAUAAAAAAGGUGUUUGUGCCAUGCGUGGUCAAUGCGGUUAUGAAGGAUUUUCUGCAUUACCAUGUGUUAGCAAUGAACCUGCUGUUUUACCUGAUAACUCAGAAUUUCGAAAAUUACUUGUUGACACCUGUGGAACUGAUUAUAUAGCAGGCCCUGUAUGUUGUGAUGAAUCUCAGUUGAAUGAUCUUGUCAAUCAAGUGAAAAGAGCAGAGACAAUCAUUUCCUCUUGUCCUGCUUGUUGGAGUAAUUUUUUACAAUUUUGGUGCUCUUUCACUUGUUCACCUGACCAGUCUACUUUUGUAAAUAUUACCUCCGUUAAACCUGGUACUGAAGCAGCAGAGACUUGGACAGUAACGGGUGCUGACUAUUGGGUUGGUGAUCAUUUUGGUUCUCAGUUUUAUGAUAGUUGUAAAGAUAUAAAGUUUGGAUCCUCUAAUGGUUUUGCCAUGGAUUUUAUUGGUGGCGGAGCUAAAGAUUGGCAUGCGAUGGUAUCUUAUAUGGGCAUGAAGCGUCCUAUGCUAGGAAGUCCCUUUCAAAUAGACUUUCCUUCUUUAAACACCGUUCCAAAUAAUGGUAUCCUACGUUAUGAUGCAGAUGGUAAAUCCUGUAAUGAUUCUGACCCUGCUUAUCGUUGUGCCUGUGUUGACUGUCAAGCUGUUUGUCCUGUCUUACCACCUGCUCCUGGAGAAAUACCAGAAUGCCGUAUUGGCAUAUUACGUUGCUGGAGCUUUGCCAUGUUAAUAACUUACUCAAGUAUAUUCGCUUUAGGUAUCACUUUGCUAGUAGCAAGGAAUAAAAGAUUAGGUCUAUGGCUACAGACCUAUUUGGGAAUUAAUUUAGAUCGUAAACGAGGACUCCUUUAUGAACGAGUAUCACUUACAGAUGACGAAGAUGAAUUACAAGAUAACGAUCAUGAGGAAAGUUUAUUGGAUCCUGAUUACACACCCCGCAGAUACUGGCUUAAUUCUCGUUUACAGAACUGGUUUUAUUAUCAAGGCCUCUUCUGUGCUCGUUAUCCCUGGCUGGUCAUUAUGUCAUCUCUUCUGUUUGUCAUGCUAUGCUCCUUAGGGUGGUCACGUUUUGCAAUCGAACGUAACCCUAUUCACUUGUGGGUAUCUCCUUCUUCGACAGCAUUGGCUCAAAAGAAUCAUUUUGAUGCGAGUUUUACACCCUUCUAUCGUACAACUCAGCUUUUCUUUGUUAGUAAAAAUGAUGAACCUAUCGCCUCUGCUGAACACCUUGAAAGCCUUUUUAAAUUGGAAAAUGAGAUAAGAGCGAUGAAAUCAAAUAUCUAUAAUGACACAUUACAAGAUGUUUGCUUUCAUCCUAAUGGAGACGCAUGCAUUGUUCAGUCUGUCACAGGGUAUUGGAAAGGAGAAAUGGAUGAAUUUGAUCCAACUACUUGGAAGGAGACUUUAGAAGAAUGUACGACUCAACCAUCACUUUGUUUACCCGAAUUUCAACAGCCUUUAAAACCUGAAAUGAUUCUAGGUGGUUAUCAAGAAAACGAUUAUGUUUCAGCAAGAGCAUUUGUAGUUACCUUUGUUUUGACAAAUUCACUAGACACAAACAAAACGGAUCGAUCUGAACAAUGGGAGAGGACCCUUUUAGAAAAAAUUUUAUUAAAUUUAAAUGAUCGUUCUGAAUGGGAAGACGUUCGAAUCAGUUAUUCAACAGAGAGUUCCCUGGAGAAAGAAUUAAAUAAAUCCAGCAAUACAGAUGCAGGCACAGUGAUAAUUAGUUAUAUAGUGAUGUUUAUCUAUGCAUCGCUUGCAUUGGGCCGUAUUUCAUCAUUCAAUCCACGUCGUCUUUUGAUUGAUUCAAAGUUUAGUCUGGGUAUUGCAGGUAUCUUGAUCGUUAUCUUUUCAGUGUCAAGUGCGGUUGGCCUAUUUUCUUUGACAGGUAACAAAAUCACUUUAAUUAUUGCGGAAGUGAUUCCAUUCCUAGUCCUUGCUGUCGGUGUCGAUAAUAUCUUUAUUCUAUGUCACGAAUAUGAAAGACGUGUUGAGUUAGGGCAAGAUGAAUCCAUUGAAGAACGUGCUGCAAAGACCUUGGGGAAGAUGGGUCCUAGUAUUUUAUUGAGUUCACUUAGUGAAACUAUAGCUUUUGGCUUAGGGAUAUUAGUCACUAUGCCUGCUGUCAGUAGUUUUGCUGCUGUAGCAUCUAUGGCUGUUUUCGUCGAUUUUAUACUCCAAGUCACCUGUUUUGUUUCAUGUCUAGUAUUAGAUGCAUAUAGAGCACAAAAUAACCGUAUUGAUUGUGUUCCUUGUAUUCAAAUCAAGGCGCCUGAAGUUGUAGAGAAAGAUAGUUUUUUACAAUCCAUUGUAAAAUCUUGUUUUGUUCCCACUAUUCUUAAUCAUAAAGUUCGCUAUGUUAUUUGCUUUGCUUUCCUUGGAUUAUUUACCAUUGGAUUAUCGUUAGCACCUCAAUUACCGAUGGGACUUGAUCAACGUAUUGCUUUACCUUCUGAUUCAUAUCUAGUACCGUACUUUAACGAUAUGGAUACCUAUUUUAAUGUGGGUCCUCCAGUUUAUUUUGUUGUAAAGGAUGCAAAUAUAACCGAGAGAUCGAUACAGAAGAAGAUUUGUGGUAGAUUUCCGUCUUGUCAUGAACGAUCUUUAGCCAAUGUGCUUGAGCAAGAACGUAAACGAUCCAAUAUAUCCUAUAUCGGAGAGCCUACAAGUGUAUGGGUGGAUGACUUUAUGAACUGGCUUAAUCCAGCCACCACCUGUUGUCGACUUAAGAAACAAUCCUUUAACAAGUUAUUACAAUCUCAACGGAGACUCGACAGUAGUGAUAGAUGGGAACUAUGCGAUGUCUGGGAUGACGAAGAUGAAUGUACUGAUUGUAGCCCAGACUGGGAUAUUAGUAUGACUUCAUUCCCAGAGGGUAAACACUUUUUAGAUCUUUAUGAUCUUUGGAUCCAUAUGACACCAGAUGAAGAUUGUCCUUUAGGUGGUAAAGCAGGCUAUGGAGAUUCGAUUGUUGCUAACCAUCAGAAUAUCACGAUUGAUGCCUCUUAUUUCCGUACCUUUCAUACACCUUUGCAUAAACAAGAAGAUUAUAUAGCAGCCUAUGAUUCAGCAAGACGUAUUUCAAAAGAGUUGAGCCAAGAGUUAGAUAUCGAGAUUUAUCCAUACUCUAUCUUUUAUAUCUUCUUUGAACAGUAUACCUAUCUUGUGCCCAUGGCCUUUGAGAUAUUAGGAUUAGCCAUCUUUACCAUCUUUAUAGUCACAAGUGCCUUAUUAGGAAGUCUACGAUGUGGGUUUAUUGUUAUGUCUGUUGUUAUCAUGAUUCUUAUAGAUGUUGUUGGUGUGAUGACGUUAUGGGAUGUAAGUUUAAAUGCCGUUAGUCUUGUCAAUCUUGUGAUUUGUGUAGGUAUCAGUGUUGAAUUUUGUUGUCAUAUUGCUCGUGGAUUUAUGGUGGCGAAUGGUAAUCAAGAAGAAAGGGCAGGCAAAAGUAUGAUUGAUGUUGGUAGCUCUGUAAGAUUAACGAAGUUUGCUGGUAUUAUCGUUUUAGCGUUCACUCGGUCCAAAAUAUUUGAAGUCUGUUUUAUUAAGUAUGUUUGGUGGUAAAGGUAUGGCACUUACAGCAGAGUUUGAUGAAGAUGGGUUUGCUUGGUCUACAGGCAAUGAUUGGAGAGGCCUAGGAGGUCGUCAUAAUGGUCUUUUGAUUGAAGAUGAUGAAAGCUCAGAUCAAGUAUUAAUUACGGAUAUUUCAGAUGAUAGGCAGCAGAACAAUAUCUCUUUGAGAAUCUUCACAAGCAAUCGUCUUAUAAAUUAAACUUGUUUUAUAUUCUGGUGGAAAAAGAGAGUGAAGGAGAGCGAAAGAGAGAGAGAGAGAGAGAGGAAAGAAAAAGACUUCCAGUCGAUAAAUAGGGAUGGUAAAUAUCUAAUUGGAAAUUGACUUUAC